UCAAUGCCCCCUUCUUUCUAUCAAGUAACCAGUCAGGAACCUCUCAGUUUUUGCCUAUCUCUCUCUUUCUCAAGAACACAAACUUUCUCGAAUGUUUUCGGUUCUGUUCUUUCCGAUUAUUGCUGAGGAGAGAGAACAUUAAGGCAAAUCUUGAGGUUGUCGUGGAAGCAAGAUUGCUAGCAUCAAGAAGUUUUCCUUUUUAUCUCACCUUAAAGUUGGCAACUUGUUUAUUUGAUUUCUCCUAGAGUUUUUCCGUUUAUCUUACCUUGAAGCUAAACGCUGGUUGAGCUUUACCUCGGUCUUUAAUGGCGAGUUUUGUCAUAUCAGAAUGUGUUUUAAAGCCUCUUCCUCAUAUCUACGCUAGACCCGCCGCUGGAGUUGUCUCAAGGAACUCUUCAAAGCCCAGAUUUUUACAAACAAGCAAGAAAUUUUCAGAUCUAAAACCAACAAAUCCAAUCAAAUUCUCGACUGAGGUUUUUGGAGGCAGGAACUGGGGGCUAAAAGUCAGUGCUCCAUUGAAAGUUGCAUCCACAGAAGAAGAUGAGGAAAGAGAAGAGAGAAUCCAUGGUGUCAACGAGUUUGGAGAAGAAGAAGAAGAAGCAGGAUUCGACCCUGGGGCUCCGCCACCGUUUAAAUUAGCAGAUAUCAGAGCUGCCAUACCAAAGCAUUGUUGGGUAAAGGAUCCAUGGAAAUCUAUGAGCUACGUGGUGAGGGAUGUUGUUGUGGUGUUUGGCCUGGCUGCUGCUGCGACUUAUCUUAACAACUGGCUUGUUUGGCCUCUUUACUGGGCUGCUCAAGGGACCAUGUUUUGGGCUCUUUUUGUUCUUGGUCAUGAUUGUGGCCAUGGGAGCUUUUCAAACAAUCCUAAGUUAAACAGUGUAGUGGGGCAUCUCUUGCAUUCUUCCAUUCUUGUGCCUUAUCAUGGAUGGAGAAUUAGCCAUAGGACUCAUCAUCAAAACCACGGGCAUGCUGAGAAUGAUGAAUCAUGGCACCCGUUAUCUGAGAAGAUAUACAGGAGUUUGGAUAACUCAACACGAACGUUGCGGUUCAUGUUGCCUUUUCCCAUGCUUGCAUAUCCUUUCUACCUUUGGAACAGAAGUCCAGGGAAGACUGGUUCUCACUUUGACCCUAACAGCGAUUUGUUUGUCCCAAGUGAGAGAAAAGAUGUGAUUACUUCCACCUUAUGUUGGACGGCCAUGGCUGCUAUUCUUGUUGGUCUAGGCUUCAAAAUGGGUCCUAUGCAGUUGCUUAAACUAUAUGGCGUUCCAUACUGGAUAUUUGUGAUGUGGUUGGAUUUCGUUACAUACUUGCAUCACCAUGGUCAUGAAGAGAAGCUUCCUUGGUACCGUGGGAAGGAAUGGAGUUACUUGAGGGGAGGGCUUACAACACUUGACCGUGAUUAUGGAUGGAUCAAUAACAUCCACCACGAUAUCGGAACCCAUGUCAUACACCAUCUCUUUCCUCAAAUCCCGCACUACCACUUAAUAGAGGCGACUGAGGCAGCUAAGCCAGUUCUUGGAAAAUACUAUCGGGAGCCAGAAUAUUCAGGUCCUCUACCUUUUCACCUGAUUGGAAGUUUGAUAAGAAGCUUGAAGAAAGAUCACUAUGUUAGUGACACUGGAGAUGUUGUCUACUACCAAGCUGACCCGGAACGCAGAGAUCCUUUUUAAGUUCUAAGGCUUCAUCCAUCCAAAUGAAGCAUAAGCCAGCGUGAUGCUUCAUAAAAUUCCAGCUAGAAUAUUGGGUCGAAAUAAAGCUCUUCGCUUGGAGCUUUCUUGCUUAACCAAAAGAGGUCUAAGCAUUGAGCUUGUAUUGCCAUGGUACAGCCACAAUCAUAUAGAAAUCAUAUUUAAGUUGAAUAGUAUAAUUAACAAGGGCAAUUGGAGCCUUUUUUUUUUCUUUGGGGGGAGAGGGAGGCAUAUAAGUUAGGAUAUAUUCGAUUGUGGCAUUCUACUAGUAAAGGAAAAUGUAUAUUUAUUCUUUUACAAGAGAAAUAGCAAUUGCUUAAGCAAAAAUUAACAUUUAUUGCUUAAUUGAAUCCUCUGAGAAAUGGACAAAAAGGAGUUCUAUGUUUAUUCUUUAGGUUAUGUGUGCGGACCACGACUCAAGGGCUGUCCCUCUUGCUUGUUAUUUUCAUCCGAUAGUUUUGUGAUAAAGAAGGAGAAAUCAUGACUAGCAUCAUGUUUACCUCCGCACUUUUGGUCCCAACCCAAUCAGAAAAAGCGAUUCUAAUCAUUUACUACCA